AUUCAGUUCAUAACGUGUAGAUGGCAGUAAAGAGUUAGUGACGUUUAUUAUUGAUUGGAAUAAUCUUCAAUCGGCGAACGCCAUUUUGUGUGUAAAAGAUCAAAAUAAUAGAAACUUUUAAAAAGAAUCUGGGUUCAUCCGUCCCACUGUUAUAUAAAAGGAAUUAAUUUCUUGUUAUUUGUCGUGAACCCAUUUGGACGGACCAAGAAAUAAGGUUCGUUCACUGGGUCUGGUAGAUCUAAAUGGUUGCGUGCAGACAGCAUGUCUACUUUGCCAGGGCAGGCCUCCAAGGGGGAGAAAACCAAACCGAAGUUUCAAUCAUUGGAUAUAAAUAGUUUAUACAGAGUGAGCAGGGGUGAAAAUUUAGAAAAGCAACAACAAAAAAGUUCUUCAGUUUAUAUUAAACAUGGCAUGCAAAUACUUGGUAAAGUCCCAAAUGCACGUCGGGCACCAGCAAAUUUACCCUCUUUGAAAUCAGAAUAUAGUGGAACAGACGCAGCUGUACCAUUAGUACCGCCAGGAGCACCAGGAUGGGGAAAACAAGAUUCGUCGAAUUCAGGGUCGUCUCCUUCACCCAACAACAAUCAGACAACUCAACCUCAAGAUUUGAAUGCAUCCCCACUGACUGUCCCCAAUCAACAAGGUGUACCACCACAACUAACUUCACAUCAGGCUGCGAUUGCCCUUCCCGUGACCAACAACAUACCCCCACAAACACACAAACAGUUGACCCCUACUGCACAGCCUGCGCCUACAGACAAACUAUGGAGUUCAGUUAUGAGCAGCCCAGAGGUUCACCCACCCUUAUAUCAGAGUGUUCAAUUCCAACACGAGUUCCCAAGCUUGUCCUCUGGAGAUGGAGGCCCCACACGCACUGGUUCAGAUGUUCCCCAGUAUCCUACGGGGCUCAGUCUGAGACCACAGACAGAAGGUUCGUGGACACAAGGUGGGCAAAGGACCUUGGGUCCGCAAGGCGCUACAGGUGGAGACGUAGCAGGUCAAGGAAGGACAGGCUCGGGCCACCUGGUUGCCCCACCACAGCUCUCGGCCCAGGCAGGCCACCAACCACAGCAGCAGCCAUUCCCGCCACAGAUUCGUGGUGUUAUGCCUUCAUUUAUGUACAAAGGUAGCAAUUUUCAACAAGCUCCUGGAAUUGGUAUUCAAAAUUCUACAAUGCCACCGUCUGUUAAUGGUCGAGGUGCAAGACCGACAGAUAAUCGGCCGCCUCGAUUGGCGGACACAGAAACAGAAGAAAUAGCUUCUAGACCCAUAAUUAGAGAAGAGGAAUUGAGUCGAAUGGAUGAAAUUAGUAAAGACAUGGGCUGGGCAGAAUCAGACGAAAUUGAUUAUAAUCAAAAGUUGGCAUUCAGCGAUGACGAAAGCGAGAAAACGUCGAAACGGGAUACAAAAAGAUCGCAACCUAAGGAUACAAGAGCAGAUGAUCGAGAAAGUCACAAUGAUCAAAAUCGUCAAAGUGGUAAUUCGAGAUUGGGUCCUCAGAGAGGUAGAAAUUCCGAAGAAGAGGAUAUCUGGGUGCAGAGACGCACUCAACAAGAAAAAGAAGUCGAAAUUGCAGUACAGCGGGCAAAACAGCGAAAAGAAGAAGAGGAGAAACGUUUUAAUGAAGAAAGAAAAUUGGCUGCAGCCAAAAAACUCAUGGAACUGGAAGAAAAAAUUCAGAAACGCGAUAGAGACAACCAUGAAGGUGUGGGAACAAUAAAUCCUAAUUCUGUACCUCCCAAACCUAUUAAUCAUGUUGAUAUUCCUUUGCCAGAUUUCCAAAAAGAUAAAGAACGAGAUAUGCAUCGAGAGAAAGGUACUAGAUCUCGCACUCCUAUUGACUUGUCUGAAGAGAAAAGUCAACCUGCUAACCAGGGAAGUUCUUUCAGACAAUUAACCCAAAUAGAAGGUAAAAAUUUUCCCCCUAGAAAACAACAUACCAAACCCUCAGAAAGAGAUAACCGAGAUAAUCGGGAGCAAAAUGGACCUAAUUUCUCCAGACAGUUUCAAAAUGAUCUCCCACCAAGAUUUCUCAAACACCAGCGUAACAAUAGCAAUUCAAACCUACAAAAUCAGCAACAACAAUAUCAUCAACAAUCUUUCGAUAAUCGUUGGAGUUCCAAUUCUGGAACAAAACCAACAAAUCAAAAUACUUUGCACAAUCGAAACGUUAGACAGGACAGUCCGGAAUUAGAGAAAGAGGAUGUGGAAAGAAAAGAAUAUAAGAGACAAAGCUCUGAUGAUAGUUAUCGUAAUUCUCUUCAUUCUCAAGAUUUAGGGCAACGAGAAUCGCAAGAUUCUCGUUAUCAUUCUGACGCUCCAGAUAACAGACAUCAAGAUUAUGAAGUUCAGUAUUCAAGGAGAGACCAAGAACAAGAUAAAUGGCAAAAGGAAAAAGACGUACAAGACAAGAAGCUUGAAUCUGAACACUCUCAUCGUUUAAGCAAAGACGAUUGGAGUGGCAGAUCCGAAAAAGUCGAUAAGGGAUCAGAAAAGUAUGAAAUAGAUAGAGAUAGAGCUCAGAGAUUGGAAAAUCGUGACUCCCGAGAUUCUCGAUCGACGCGACACUCGAGAGAAACAGAUCAACGCGAUUACAAUAUGGGAUCAUGGUCGGAAUCCAUGUACGAAUCAAGUUAUGAAGACAAAAGAAAAGAUUAUGGAAGAGAAGAAAGACGUGCGGUACCCGGACCGAUUACUAAAGAUCGUAUUGAAGCUGACGACAUGUAUAACGAAAAACGUAAUCUGAUUCAAUUGAAACGUGGAGGAUUUAUAUUAGAAAUUAAAAAAGAACCACUUCCCAAGAAAGAUACCGAAUUUGUUAGCGCCUGGGCAGAUUCUAUACCGCCUGCUUUGGAAGAAGCUCAAGCCAAAUUAACUGAAGAUAAGAAGACUCCUGAACCUUCCAAAGUUGAAACUAAACAUCCAGAACAACAAUCCAAGAAAUCAGAAAAAGUUGAUGAUUACAAUCAAAAUAGAAACAGAUCGUAUGGACAGAAAAAAGGUUGGAAUAAUAGUGGAGAUGGUCAUCCGUCUAGAGGACCAGCUUGGCCUAGAAGACCUCCCAGUCGAGGGCAUAAAUCAGGAGGAAGAAAUCACGAUUAUCCCACGACGGAUUCUGAUGGAUCUUUAGAGGAUCAUUCAGGUAAAAAGGAUGAAACUAAAAUAGAUACUUCUAAAUCAGAACAAAUUGAUCAAAGAAGUCCAAAACCGAUGAGAAAGUCAGAAAGAGAUGAUAAGAAUCGUGAUAUCAAAUCGCACAAUAAUGAUCCAAAGAGACAAGAUAAAUCUGAAAGAAAAGACAAUAAUUAUGUACCAAGAGGAGAACCGUCGCGACACGGAAGAGGCGGAGGUAAUUUCAGAAGCGGAAGAAUGGGAGGUUUAGGUAAAAGGAUCGAUGGUUACGGACCUCCUCCUACAAAAAGUCCAUUUGGUGGUCAUCAAGAUGAAAAAGAAAAAGAUAAGAAACACGAAGAAACCCCAUCAACUGAACACACUCCCCGAGUAGAGGACAAAAUAAAGCAGAACCAACAAGCGCUAGCUGCAGGUAUAAUCGGAAAAAGGAGCGAAUCGCGUAAUGAACCUUCUUCCGGAUCCGAAGAUAGACCUAGGGAUAAACCCAGAAAUAAAUCUGCUAACCGUAAAAAUAAACCUAAAUUAGACGAAAAACUUGAAACAAAUACAGACAUUUCCGAAGAUAAAAAUAGAGAUUCGCGUAAAUCUCAACAAAAAAGUCAAGGAAACAGACCUUCAUCAAAUUCUAAUCGUGCUAGAAAUAACCCACCGCGAAUGGGCGGCGAAAAGAGAUAUGAAGGAAAUCGCGAAAAUACGCGACAAAAUUCUAACAAUUCAUUAAAGAAAGAAGAAAAAUCAACAGAUCAUAACCCAUUAUCGAACGCCAACGCGGAUAUUUCUACUAAAAAUCGUGAGGAAUCCGAACAAGUCGACGAAAAAGAGAAGAGCUCUGUAAAUGGAGACGCAGAAGGUUUUCAAGAAGUUAAAAGUAAAAAAACCUUCAAAGAACGUCAAAAAUCCUUUGACGACAAAACCUCUAAACCUUCAAAACCUGAAAACGGAAAAGAAGUGAGAGUCGAACGCGAUAGAGAACGUGAUCGGAAAAAAAUUAGUCCGGCAACACAACAAUUGACACAACAACAAAUACAAAACAUUCCCUCUUUGAUGGCGACACCAGUUAAUCCACCACCCGUUUUGCCACAGCUUAAAAGUCAGUUUGAUCGACCGCGGCAACCGAAACUUCCGCCUCGAUUCGCUAAACAAAAAUUGCAAAAACAACAACAACAACAACAGCAACAGCAGCAUCAUGGUUUAGGGGACGUUAAUGAUAUGAAUAAGGUAAAUCAGAAUAUGAACGUUUAUGCAAUGAAAGAUACUACCAGUGUUCCACCAUCAGUACCAACCUGUGCAUGGGAUAAACCAUUAGUUUCCCAAUUAAGAACUGUCGAACAUGAUACCAUGUUGGGAGUUAAUAUAGAUGGAGUAAAAGGAUUGGAAUCUACACAUUCACCGACGCAAGGAGUCAGUCCUGGUGGAGAAAAGGUUAUCGGUAAAACUGGUCAAAUACAAGAAAAAACUCUUUUGGAUGGUGCAACGCCACCUGUGAAUACUAUCAUAUUUGAAAAUACAAAUUUCAAAUCUGCCCCCGGUUCAAGACAAGUCCGUAAUGAUAAACCUAGAUCUAAAUUGGAAGAAGGGGCCAAUAUAGAUCCUUCAGUAAUGAACAGUUUCAACAAACCCAACAUGAACGAACUACUCCAAACCAAAACAGAAAAAUCUGAAGCUAUACAAUUACCUCCGUACAAAGAAGAAAUCGCCGAUAUGAAAUUGGAUUUCUUCAGUGCAGAUUAUCAAUUUGCCGAUGAUAAAUCGACGAAAAAUUUCGUUACAAAAUCCAUCCAUGCCAUAACUAGUGGUAAUAAUACUGUAGACAGUUUGGAUAUUAAGAUAGCUUCAGUGAAAAAAGUAUGGGAGACUUCAGAGCAAGAGGGUGAAGAUAAUACUCAGAUGAGUUUCGGCGGACCGACUCUGGAUUCCAAUGUUUUUAAUCAAGGCAAAGAUACCCCUGAUGACAACCAUGAAGGUUACAGUCCCUCGCCUAAUCAAAGCGCAGCGACUACGAAUGUAUGUAAGGUAAAACCCACACAACAAGUAUCUGGAAGUGGACAAACAGUUCUAAGUUCCAGUCACCAACCCCAUUCUGGAAUUGUAGCUCCGAGUUUAAUGGGCAAUCCCCUUUCUCCUCCACCACUGCAACCAGUUUUAGGUGCAGGCGUUGGCAUUGGGCCUCAAUAUACAGCCAAUCAACAUAUUGGCUACCAGGCCGGUCUUUCAGGAAGUACGCAAUAUGGCAUUUCUGCAAUUCCUUCCCCUCCCACGGUACCUCUCGUUUACAACACAUCCACGCAACAGAUCCAAGCUGCUGCUGCUGCUCAAACUGGACUGUAUGGAGCGUUUCAAUUAGACCAGCUCGGUGGUCAGGGCCGUUCCCAAUUUUCUCAAUAUCCCAAUUAUCACAGCCUUGGUCAAACUGCUAACAGUCCAUAUUCGACACAGAGCGUUUAUUUGCCCACCGCUGCACCUCCUCCACAUCCCCCACCGCCCACCGCGCCAGGACCGCCGGAACUUUACCAGAAUAUGAGUAAUUACAGGUUGAGUGCCACCGCAGCUUUUGGACAGACUCAACCAAUAAACAAUCCGACAACUGUGUUGAUUAGUUCAACUAGCAAUACUUUAAUGUCGGCUUCAGUUAAACCUAGUAGUCAACCCAUCAGUGCUAUCGGAACUAAAACUGGAGGAGUAGGUCAAGCAUAUCAACAACAAUCUCAACAGAGUCAACAAGUUUUUAUGGCUUACGACCCUUCGAUACAGGCCAAUUAUUUGGCAUCUAGUGCUGGUGUAAUGCAGCGAACACCUGUUCCUCCGGCCCAAAACAAUGUUGUACCCGGUUUACAACCGUCUUCGUCGUACUAUUCCGGAUCGACAGGCGGUCAAACGGGAUAUUUUCAACAACCUGGUAGCUCAACUAUGAACUCCGCACAGUUACAGCAACAUCAAACGGGAUACGGUCUCCAAGGCAACGUAUUCGGUACGCAUAACCAAUCACACACAAAUACAGGAAUGCAGAAUUAUAAUUCCCAUUUCUUGACUACGCCUAUGCAAGUUGCUGCAGCGCUGUCUGCCCAACAAUUCAGAUCAAGCCUACCGGCGGCGUACAUGAAGGGGAUGGGAAAUCAGGGACUGGGAGACCAAGCGACAAGGCCUCAGCAACUGAAAAGUCCCAGUAGCCAGGAGGUUUUGUCUUCAGUUUUUAAUACAGGUCCUCAGAUUCCAUCUCCAAAAUCGAGACAGAAUAGUAAACAUCCCCCUCCACAAUCCAGUCCCACUGCACAACACAAAUACAAUUUAUAUCAACAGGUUGGAGGACAGCAAAAUCCAAAUUUGCAGAGGUAUCCAACACCUAUUCAAAGACCCGUCAAUUUCCAACAAAUACAACAAAAUAAUUCCGUGAAUCAGAAACACAGGAAUAAUUCCAACAAAACAAUUAACCGACAGUAUUAUGGAAAUCAAAAUCAAACUGAAAAGUCUGAUGAAGUGAAAAUAACGGAAAACGUAACUUUAAACAACAAUUCAACAGGUAGCGGCAAAUCUUUGGGCACAAACAACGGUAAUUCUGUGACAGUAACAACUGAAAAAGUUAAGGAUACCAUCAAAGAAGAAUCUGCUGUGUUGAAAGACUAAUAUAUAUAUAUAUAUAUAUAUAUAUAUAUAUAUAUAUAUAUAUAUAUAUAUAUAUAUAUAUAUAAUUUUAAAUUUUAAAUAAGUUAUUCUAAGUACUAAAAACACAUUAUAAUUUGAGUUUUAGGUCAGUCACUAGCACCUGUUGAAAUAAGAACUUUUUAUGAUUUAAUUUGUAGAAAAUAAAAUUGUAUUUACCAAAAUAAAAUUGUUUCAAUUUGUAGUGAAGGUAAUAUUUUGUUUAUAAUAUAAAAAUAUUCAAGAUUUUGACAUACUUCAAACUAUCUUUAGUAAUUACCCUUUUUUCCUUUCGAAGAGUGUAAAAAACAUUCGGAACCGUAAAUAUCGAAAACUAUACAAAACAACAUAUAACAAAUGUAAUAAAGGAAACUUCAAUCUAGUAGCAGGUCACUAUUGAUUGAGACAGAUCAAAAUCCCAAUAUUUUUAACUAGAAUUUUGCUCUAGUGACUGGCCUACAGUUAAACAAAAUUUGUGUGGAAAUGAAUCUUCAUUCGUAUAUUGUAUAAGUUGAUGUAACUAAUUUAUUUCAAUCUGAAUUUAUUUCGGUGCUGUUUAUAAAAUUUUUGAAAUUAAUAUAAAAAGUAAAAAAACGUUCUUAUCAUUAUGAAUAUUAAAAAAGUUGGUAGUACCAUAUCGAGAUGAACUCUCUGAAAGAAAAAAUGUGAUACAGAUUAAAUUAAAUUUGUUUAAUAUUUUUUUUAUUAUAUAUUAUUUAAAAUUACUGUUGAAACAAAUCUGUUCGAAGGACUGAAAACAGUCUUCUGAUCUACUGGCUACAAUGAUUUAGUUUUGUUUACAAAUUGAAGAAUAGAGAUAAAACUCAAAGAAAUACCUGUAAUAGUUCAUUUAACCCUUAUAUUAGGAACGAACCUUACCGACGUCUUUUAGCAACCGGGGUACCCACAGAUCUAAAUAUUAGAAAUUUUGUUUAUUUUGUUAUAAAAAACUCGAAACAUUUUUUUUCUUGAAAUAUGAAUAGUUGGUGACAAUUAAUUCAAAUUAAUUUCAGGUGUACAAACCAACCGCAAACUUGACAAUUGAUGAACAGCACUAACCAUACCGUGGCCGUUGUGGAUUCACUAUAUAUACAAUAUAUACCAUCAAAACCACCUAAGUAUGGUAUAAAAAUCUGGUGUAUUUGUGAUGCGAAAAACGCAUGUCCUUUGCAAGUGAUUAUGUACACUGGUAAAACAGAUGGUACUCGGAAAAAAAUCAGGGUGAAAGUGUAGUGAAAAAUGGGCGGCUCCAUAAAAACGUCUGCAUGGCUAUUCUUCACUACUCUACCCGUUGCUAAACAUUUGUUAUCGUGGAAUCAAACCAUUGUUGGCACGGUAAAAAAAAUAUACCCUACAUCCCUAGUGUUAUGAGAGCAAAUAAGACACGGGAUGUUCCCAAAAAAAUGAUGAAGACGCUAAACGAAAACCAAAAGUUAUAAAUUUAUAUAAUAGAUAUAAAGCUGAGCCAAAUAGUCCAGAUUUCUUCACUUGUAUCAUAUCCUGGUGAGAUGCUAGCGCGGCAGUGUCAUCUGCAUAUGUUGUGGUAGUUACGGUGUUGUGUGUGGGAAUAUCAGCUAUGUACAUAAGAUAGAGAAUCGGGCAAUUGCACUUCCCUGUGGAACUCCUGACAUAAUUGGUGUAGUAUAGAGUGGUGAUGUAAUAUUGGAUUUUUUGACUUGAAAGUGUCUGUUCUGCAAGUAGGAUUUGGAAAAGGUUGUGCGGGAAGUUUUUCCUGAUUUUGUAUAGUAGUCCAUCGUGCCAGACCUUGUCGAAUGCCUGGUCGAUAUCCAAAAAUACAGCCGAACAGUAUUCUCUAUCUUCAAAAGAUACACUUUUUUGUGAUUCAAUUAACUUGUUCUAUGGGGGCAUGUUGCUCUUUAAAUCCAAAUUGGUGGUUAGGUGUUAGUCCGUUGGCUUUUAGAAUCGGUUCUAUUUUCUCAAUCGGUAGUAUUCAAGAAGUUUUGACAUAACUGAUAAUAGGCUUAUUGUUCUGUAAGAUGUAGUGUUUUCAAAAGUGAGUGAAUGCUAGAUACACAUCGUGAUUAAAAAAAAUAGACGAAGUACUACUAUGUAAUGAACACUUGUUAAUAAAUGUUUAAUAAAAAUCAUUUCGUUUGAAUUAACUAAACAAAAAACAAUCAAUACUAUAUGAAAAAUACACAUGUCAAAAACUAACAAUUUACAUAAAUCAAAAACGACUUACCAGUCAACAUUAAACAUAUUCCGGAUCACUACCGCCACCGGUAGGUAGCAGUAGCGCUAAACGUCCGCUGAAUAUGACACUAUUUUCCAUUUUCCAAAAGAGAGUUCUAGUUUGAUAUCGUACUACAUACAGAAUCGUUGCAAAUAACGUGUAAUCUAAUAAAUUAGUAUUAAUUAUAUGUAUGGUUGAUAAUACUGCCGAAUUAUGCUUAGGAUCAUGGCGGGUACACUUAAUUGACUAAAGUCGAAUCAUUCAGCACGGUAAUUAGGGUAGCAGUCAGUAAAUGGCUAUUAAGCUUAAGAAAUUGUAUGUACUUGUCAGUCUCGCCCAAGUAAUUUGAUUGAACGAAGAAUAAAAAUAUGAAAAUGUUGUGUUAACUUCCAAAACGGACUAUUCGGUAGUUUAAAUAAUGUAGUAGUUAAUCACUCGGUACGCGUAAGGGGCCAUCCAUAUAUUACGUCACACGUUAAGGGGAGGGUGGGUAACACCGAAAUGUGAUGACGUGUGACAAGGGUCAAAAGUUUUGUGACGUGAUAUGUUAAAAUUAAAACGCGAAAUUUAGAUGUGAAUAAGAAACUAUAAAAAUCGUUUCUUUGGUUAUCUGAAAUAUUGCACUUUAUGUUGAUUUUAUUAGAUUAUUUAACCCUAGAUAACGGGAUUUAUUUCGAAAAACGUCAUAAAGGAAUUAUCGUAAAUUUUAUGACGGUAGUAUAAACCCGCAUUUUACGAAAAAUAUUUCUAGAAAAACUAUUAAAAAGCGGUAGGAUCUCUAUUAGAAAAUGAAAAAACAAAAUAUAAAUGAAAAAUUCAAAUUCUCAUUCAACAACGCCGCAUUUUUUGCAAAUGUCUCCGUGGUGCUCUCCGCCGAUCGGAUAUGUUUGUCUUUUUUGACUUGGGCAAUAGAAACACGUUUUGCGCUUCUAUUCCUGAUGAAUUUUAUUUCUUGAAUCAUUUCUUGGCGGAAAUUUGAAAGUUGGGGUCGCUAAUCUUCUCCUUGUCCAUGGUCCAGAAAGGCGACGACUCAAAUGUAUCAUGUACUGGUAUCGCGAAAAGGCUUUCUCUCCCCUUUUUAAAGUAUUAUUCGAAUAAAUUACAAAGGAGUUGAUGCUGACCAUAUUGAUCAUACCAUAUAUCACACACAGGAGCCAUCUUCUAGUUUUUCUGCUGCAGCUCAUGUUAGUGCACAAUUGGUAGAAUGUAUCGACCCCACCUUUAGUGUAAUUCUGAACAAUCGCAGGUUUUCCUGUUUCUUCCGAAAUUUCACCUCGCUGAUGCAUUAUAGACAAUAGCAGUACAACUUUCUGCUUUCUAGGCACUUCUCCUGAUCAUGUAUUUGCAUUUCUCUGUCUUAUAGUCAGCAGUUCUGGUGGUAUUUCCCUUUUAUUUUUCCUGGACGUUCCAAUUAUUAUUAGUUUAUAUAGAUCUUGGAGUAGUUCAUCAGCCAAACUAUUGAAUUAAACCAAUUAUGCAUGGUAACAUUCUUACUACUUCCAUGGAUGGAUUUUUUAAGCUCCUUCACAAAAUAAUUAGCAAGUGAUAUGAACUCAUGAAAUUCCAUGAGUUAUUCGUCAAUAGUCAGGUAAGAUGAGGGUGUAUAUGAUGACCUGCAAGUUUCAAUUAAAAUUUUCCAUAUCUCACGAACAGGUGCAAAAGGAUCAUUAAUUUUCCUUUCUUGCCUUGUUUUCUUUUGAAUCAAACCUCAAACAAUUCAGCAAAAACACAAAUCUAUCAGAAUUCAUUCAGGAUCUGUAAAGGGAAUUGGCAGAUAAUUGGUUGUUACCAGUGAAAUUUUGCUUUUCCGUUAAUAUUUCCUCAUUUGUGUGAAGUAAUAUAUUAAGAAUCCGUUCAGAAAAGAAAUGUAAAAAAUUUUGUUCCAGUACCACUUAAUGCGCUUUUCUGACUCGAUUCAAAAUGGUUAAGGUUUCACGAAGCAGUUCUCCUUGUUCUAUUGGGCUGUCUAAGAUGUUUUUUUCAUCACGGACCAAUGAACCUAUUCCAUCAAAACGAAUAUCGAAGUCUUUUGUAUGCAAGAGGAAUAUUUUAGUCUUUUUUCUUUUUUUAUCUUGUGGUUGACGUCUACUUUUAGCUAAUACUUCUAGUAAAGGAAAGGAGAUCCAUUACAUUUUUCUAUUUUGCUAUCAGUUGAUACUCCAACCAACUGUUUGUGAUAGCCAAAAUGGCAAAUAACGUCAAAGUUAAUGUUUUUGAAUGUAUAAAUAUACGAUAUAUUUAAAGAAAGAAAUCUGUCUUAUCCACACCACCCAUUGUAGAGUUUAUCGACAAAGGUAAUUUUUUUUUCGGAUUUACACAAUCUUGUAGCUGUAUCAAUAUCACCCUUGCCGUCUACUACAUUAUUGUCUUUCCAUUGGUUUAUUACAAUAUCUUUUUGACAGUUACAAUUUCUUGGAUAGCUCCUCUAUUUGUUUUUGUAAUGGGGAAAAAAUUAUCCGCUUAUAGCAAAUAGUUCAUAUUUGAAGAUCUAUUCCAGAUGUUAUUCCAUCAAUUUGACACUGUUCAUGAAUAGAUGUUUUUCCUUAGUAGGCAUAUUUUUUUGUACCUUUAAAGCCGUGCUACGAUCACGAACUACAUCAAAGGGUGGACGUACCUUCCGCAAUCUAUCAUUAGGUUUCUCGGUUACUAAACUCAUGAUAUAGUGUUAUAUAUUGAUGAGGAAAUUCCAGUAAAGACGCAACCUAGGAAACUUUAAUCUUCCAAUAAGAAAAUGCAUAUCAAACAGAUAACAGUGCUGUUGCCGUUUUAUUUCACGGAAAAUAGAUUUGUAGUUUCUGUCAUUGGUUCAAAAAUAUCAUCCAAUAUAUACUCGAAAAGUAAAUAUUGAUCCGGUAAGUCAAUACUUUCAUCUACUUAGUUUAUCACAUCUUGUGCUUCAAUAGGCUGACAGGUGAAAUCAGUUGCUUUCCAUUCAUAGAUAAUGACUUUCUUUUUCGGCCUCUUUAAUUGUUUAUCAUCUCUCUUCUUAUUUUGCUUCCCAUAACUUUGGAAUAUAAAUCUGCUUGUAUGUCACGCUCUUCAUCUACUUCUCAAUUAUGUUCUUCUGUAUUGUGAUCUUCCAUAUCGUCUUGAUUUUCACGUUUCUAGUGUAACGUUUUCAUAUAAUCCUUGUUGGUCAAAGGCAGAGUACGAUUCCAGUGUUUUUUUUUUAAUUUGACGGUCCUAAAAAUGGAAUUUUUUAACUAAUACCUUACUGUACACAGACAUUAUUGAUACACAUUUGUGACCCAUUUUUAGACAAAAUUAAAACGUGUCAGGAAACAUAUGAUUAGAUAUAAUAAAUAAAGAACCUUUUAAUAACAUUUUAUAAUAAAAUUAAAUUAAUUACCUCCAAAAUUACAAUAAUUAUUUACUCACAACUGCGUCCUCCAUUUUGGGAAACUGUUGUCAUUUCUAACCAACAAAUUACUGAUUUAGAUUAGUUUUUAAUAGAUGGCGCCACGAGUCCGGUUUCUCCGUAUUUAAAAUCUCGGGUUCCUUAGAGGAUUACGAUUAAAACUAUAUGAUUAGUACGGGAAAUGAAGUUCAAAUCAAGGCAACACCUCGCUAUUUUUCGUCCUGCAUCUAUUUGUACAAAAAUUUGGGAUCAGGCUAAUUUCACACUUUAGUUCAUUUUCUAUAUUGUGCAGUUGUACACUUUUUGUUUUUUAAGGGUAAAAUCUACCCUGAAUUGUAAAAAAUUGAACACGGUUAAAAUUUUGCUUGGAUUAGUUGAAUAAGGAUUGUUUUAUACCGUAGGCUAUAAUUUAACAAUAUUUCAACCCUUGAUAACACCAAUUUUUAUAAUAUUAUUUAGUUGAUCUAAAUAAAAAAAAGUAGAAGUCCAUAGAAAAAAAAUAUAUUAACACAUACAUUUAUAUACAUAGUCACACAUUAAUUCAAAAAUCUGGCUCAUUAAUUUUGUCUUCGUCACCUUUAAUUACUGAUGGACAGUCUUCAACUGAGCACCCAGAACAAGUGGAAUUGCAGUAAAAUCCAAGUUGUUAGCACCCUUUUUUACAUUUUUAAAAGUUUAUCCUUACGAGGUGUAAUGAACCUUCAUUAAAAUGCCAACCCCAAUCUCUGUUGCUCGAAUGUUUUCAUUUCCAAGCCACUGUUGAAGUUGAUCUACUACUCACUGUGAUUGUCAGUGAUCACUGGAUGGUCACUGCCACUUAUGUUAAGACAGACAGAAACAAGAUCGAAUUAAACGAGGUAUUAUGAACCAAAUUCAGGACCGGUCUGAUAGAGGUUUGCUUCACUCACUAACAGGUAAUUCAAUGUCAAAGUGUUAGAACUUUAGCAUGAGUUCUAGUUAAGGAAGUUUCUCAUUUAUUUAAGUCCCACUUAAUCAAGUUUCAUUGUAUUUAAAACGUAAACUAAGUAAGUUUCAUGGAGUGCAAAAUAGGUGAAAUUGCGAAAAGUCAAAUUUUCAUUUUUCUCUUCAUAUUUGUUGUAUAAUGACAAUAUUUAAAAUCUUCGAUAUACAAGGUAUAAUGCGUUAUUUAAAAAAUAAAUGAGAACUCAAGAAAUCAAGCUGGUCUAAUACCGUUUCCAACAGGAAACAACUCGAAACUUGCGAAUGCGUAAUUUCACUAUCCGCUAUAUGUUGGAAAAACAAUUAACCAUCAUUAGACCUCUUUUAUGCAAAAAUUCCAACUUGUUUUUUAUCCGAUAUUUAGUUUAAAAUUGAACACAACAUUUUCAUAGUUUAUUCGAUAGACGUGAACCACUCUACCGAUGCCCAAUGUAGAGGGCGAAACUCCGUAUAAUUUGUAUUUAAGUAGGUUGCGCAGAAACUUCGUAAAAAGCUUCGCCUUGUUAAAUUGUUUCGCGCAAUCUCAGUAGCUCAUCUUUAUUAGUGGUGUUAGCAAUUUGUAGUAUACAAAAAAAUAAUUAUUGUAAAAUGUGUUAAGAAAGUGAGUGAUCAAAAUCAUGGACUUGAAACAUUAUUUUAAUUUGGAUGGACUACCGAAAGUUUUAACUUAUUGGUGAUAAAUGUUUUUUUUUUAUUAUUAUUAUUCUUAUUAUUAAAAUUCGUGAAAUGAACUGACUAUUCGAGUUGUUUCACCAAAUGUGAAGAAUUUAUAAAAAUUAAAGAAAAAAGACUUAGCCGUUUCUUCUUUACAACUGCAAAUUUACUCAAAAAAAAAUUGCUAAAUUAUUUCUCUCCGCAUAUUUAAAUCUUUAAUAAAAAUGAAUGGUUUAAAUAUGGA